ACACAUCAUGAAGGAAGAUUGCUUGCUCAGACCAAAGUGUUGAAUAGUCAGACCAAAAAGUCAUGCUUAUGUUAUGUUUGCUGAACACAAUGGUCCCCAAUAGCGCUUUUACUAUUCUUCUUGGUUCGGUUCCGACACGAGUUGGACCUGUUCCAUUCAUCAUUUCUUUGUUAUUAAUUUGUUUGCUCCACUGCAGUCUGCAGUUGCUCAUUGGAGUCAGAGCCACACCGAUGUACAGCAUGAGAAACCAACGGUUCUGCGUGUAUCUUCUCACCCUCUUUUUCAAUUUGUUCACCCACAAUUUUCUUGCAGCUCUCACAACCAUUUCUACAAACCAAACUCUCACUGGAGAUCAAACUCUAGUUUCUGAAGCUGGGGUCUUCGAACUGGGUUUCUUCAAGCCAGGUAAUUCCUCAAACUACUACAUAGGCAUAUGGUACAAAAGAGUCACCAUACAAACAAUAGUUUGGGUAGCGAAUAGAGACAACCCUGUCUCUGAUAAGAGCACUGCCAAGUUAACAAUAUCUGGUGGUAAUUUAGUUCUCUUAGAUGCGUCUUCAAAUCAAGUUUGGUCAACAAACAUAACUUCUCCCAUGUCAGAUUCUGUCGUAGUUGCUGUUCUUCUAGAUUCUGGGAAUCUUGUGUUAACAAAUAGGCCUAAUGGUGCUUCUGCUUCAGAUUCUCUGUGGCAGAGUUUUGAUCACCUAACUGACACGUUCCUUCCGGGUGGCAAAAUCAAACUCGACAAUAAAACUAAGAAACCUCAAUACCUCACUUCAUGGAAGAAUAACCAAGAUCCUGCAACGGGUCUUUUUUCUCUGGAACUAGACCCCGAAGGAUCCAAUGCUUAUUUGAUUAGUUGGAACAAGUCUGAAGAGUAUUGGACAAGUGGUGCUUGGAAUGGACACAUUUUCAGCUUGGUUCCCGAGAUGAGGUUGAAUUAUAUCUUCAAUUUCUCGUUUGUGUCGAACGAGAACGAGAGCUAUUUCACUUAUUCCCUGUAUAACACUUCCAUUAUAUCUCGGCUUGUGAUGGAUGUCUCGGGGCAGAUCAAGCAACUCUCGUGGUUGGAAAAUGCUCAGCAGUGGAACUUGUUUUGGUCACAGCCAAGACAACAGUGUGAGGUAUAUGCCUUUUGUGGUGCGUUUGGGAGCUGCACCGAAAACGUGAUGCCAUAUUGUAAUUGUUUGACAGGUUUUGAGCCAAAGUCACCGUUUGAUUGGAAUCUGGUUGAUUACUCAGGCGGGUGUAAAAGGAAAACCAAGUUGCAAUGCGAGAAUUCCAAUCCCUUUAACGGGGAUAAGGACGGGUUCAUAGCAAUUCCCAACUUGGUAUUGCCUAAACAAGAACAAUCUGUGGGAUCAGGGAAUGAGGGGGUAUGUGAAUCAAUUUGCUUGAACAACUGCUCCUGCACAGCUUAUGCAUUUGACAGUAACGGGUGUUCAAUUUGGUUUGACAACCUUCUGAAUGUGCAACAGUUAUCUCAAGAUGAUAGUAGCGGACAAACUUUGUAUGUCAAACUUGCAGCAUCUGAGUUUCAUGAUGAUAAUAGCAGAAUUGGGAUGAUUGUUAGUGUGGUUGUGGGCGUGAUUGUUGGCAUUGGUGUUCUCUUGGCCCUUCUUCUGUAUGUCAAGAUUAGGAAAAGAAAGAGAAUGGUUAGAGCAGUGGAGGGUUCAUUGGUGGCAUUCAGGUACCGAGAUUUGCAAAAUGCAACGAAGAAUUUCUCUGAGAAAUUGGGAGAAGGAGGAUUUGGUUCUGUUUUCAAAGGAACAUUGGGUGACACCGGUGUGGUAGCAGUGAAGAAGUUGGAAAGUACUAGCCAUGUAGAGAAACAUUUCCAAACAGAAAUUACUACAAUAGGGAAAGUACAACAUGUUAAUCUCGUUAGGCUCCGUGGAUUCUGCUCCGAAGGUAGCAAAAAGCUGCUAGUUUAUGAUUAUAUGCCAAAUGGCUCCUUGGAUUUCCAUCUGUUCCAGAACAAGAACUCAAAGGUGUUGGACUGGAAAACAAGAUACCAAAUUGCGUUGGGAACAGCAAGAGGAUUAGCUUACCUUCAUGAGAAGUGCAGAGAGUGUAUUAUACACUGUGAUGUAAAGCCUGGAAACAUUCUCCUAGAUGCUGAUUUUUGUCCCAAGCUUGCAGACUUUGGCCUAGCUAAGCUGGUUGGAAGGGAUUUGAGCAGGGUCGUCACAGCAGCUAGAGGAACAACAAACUAUAUUGCUCCAGAAUGGAUUUCUGGGGUGCCUAUCACAGCAAAAGUUGAUGUGUACAGCUAUGGGAUGAUGCUUUUUGAGUUUGUAUCAGGUAGGAGGAACUCUGAGCAGUGUGAAGGAGGCCCAUUUGCCUUCUUUCCUACCUGGGCAGCAAACAUAGUUGCCCACGGUGACAAUGUUCUUAGCCUUUUGGAUCCUAAUUUGGAGGGAAACGUUGAUGCUGAAGAAGUGACCCGAAUGGUAACAGUCGCAUUGUGGUGUGUCCAAGAAAAUGAGACUCAGAGGCCAACCAUGGGUCAGGUAAUUCAUAUCCUUGAUGGAAUCUUGGACGUGAAUUUACCUCCCAUUCCAAGAUCUCUUAAAGUGUUUGUUGAUAACUAGUAGAAUCUUGGUUAGUUUCCUACACCGAUUUAAGCUCCACUUAGAGAUCACAGGUGAAGAGCCACGCCUCAUUGAACUCCUUUCAAGUAACAAGUAAUAUCUCUUCAGCAAGCUCCAUUUCCUUGGGAGGAGAAAAUUAGGAGUACAAGUUUGUCUGUCUUGUUAGUUGUUACUGGUACAAAACAUAGCAUUUUUUUUUUAUUUUGGUUUAAUUAUUAAUUUGAUCCUUAUAGUUUCAUCAUUUGUACAUUUUAAUCCUUAUAAUUUUAAAGUAAUUUUUUUAGUCCUCAUAGUUUA